GUAGAUAUCACUAUGGCCGACGAUAAGUGGACGGAUUGUGUGAACAAUCUGAAAGGAGUUAUUUUAGAUAUGUGUGGCGUCUUAUAUGACAGUGGAGAAGGUGGAGGAUUUCCGAUUGAAGGUUCUGUGGAAGCUGUGAAAAGGCUAAAGGCUUCCGACCUGCAGGUUCGUUUUUGCACCAAUGAGACGCAAGCAACCCGGGAGAAGUUUGUCGCGAAGCUCCGUCGUAUGGGCUUCGAGAUCGACAUCACUGAAGUGUUCUCACCUGCCCCCGCAGUAGUGGCUGUCCUAAAGGAGCGCGGUCUCCGACCCCACCUGCUGGUGCACGAUGAUGUGGUACCAGAGUUUGACAGUGUGGACAAGAACAAUCCAAACUGCGUGGUUAUCGGGGAUGCUGCAGACUAUUUCUCCUAUCAGAACAUGAAUGCUGCAUUCCGUGUUCUGAUUGGACUGAAGAAGCCAGUGCUCUUCUCAAUGGGCAGAGGUCGUUACUAUAAGGAGACGGACGGGCUAAAGCUGGAUGUUGGAGUGUAUAUGAAAGCUCUGGAGUACGCAUGUGAUUUAGAGGCAGAGGUUGUGGGGAAACCUGCCCCCAUGUUCUUUGAAGGUGUUCUGACAGACAUGGGCAUCCAGCCUCAUGAGGUAAUAAUGAUUGGUGAUGAUCUUAUGAAUGAUGUUGGCGGUGCUCAGCAGUGCGGCAUGAAGGGGCUUCAGGUCAGGACAGGAAAAUACAGCAUAGAAAAACACAGUGGUUCCAUUAGGACACAUCAGUCAUGCGGUGAUGAACCCUGGAGGCCAAGUGACGAGAGACACCCUACAGUGACUGCUGACGGAUAUGUGGACAACCUCGCCGGUGCUGUAGAUGCUAUACUGAAGCAUUGCGGCCAAUAGUGUUACUCUAGUGACUGGAACUGCUGAGAGAACCUCAACUGCACACUAACCAUAGCUCAGCCUAUGGCACUGGUCAAAAAACCCUGUUCCUGGAACUGCAGAGUUCAAUUCUUGCCCAUAUCCAACACCCACACCAGGCCAGUAAGGGCUUUGAUGUGGAACUGAUUAGCACAGUCAGAUGUGUUAGAGGAAGGGUGGAGCUGAACUUUGUAGGAAGGCAAUAAACAGGCUUGGUGGCCACUGGUCUAAGUAGAAACCACUACAGCACUUGAUGUCCCAAGGACCCCCGUGGAUAGCACAUUUCUGUUCUCUGAUCUAACACACCUCCUCUGCUUGGUAAGCGAUUACUGAGCCCUUCGUGAGCUGAGUCAGCUGUUCUGGAGCAGGGACAAAAAUGUACAGACUGCGGGAUAAGCAGAGACUGAAAAAACUCACUGCAUAACACUAAUUUUAAGACAUCAAGGGAUAUUUUGAAAGACACUAGAUUUUAUGCAUGUUUUUUAAUGUAUUAGAUUAAAGAAAACUGAACCUGUGAAAUCAUUUUGUCAUUUAUAGGCCACAUCUGAUAUAAAACAGGGCAGUUUUAAUGCGUCAUCUCCAACAGGGAGUGGAGCAGAGCAGUAAACCAGCCACACUGUCCCUUCUGCUGGAGAUGAUUUUACCAGCCGACGCUGGCAUGAGAAGAAUGCACUUUAAACAGGCUAUACAAUGUCAACAUUUGCUUCUCUUCAUUCAGUGCAGGCUGGCAGUGUGUGAAAGGCAGAUCAGACACAAGAGUGAAGUCUGUGGAAAAAAAAACAAAAACAACAAACAGUCAAGGCCUUUAGACCUGUAUGUUGGUGUUGGUUUGUGUGUGUGUGUGUGUGUGUGUGUGUGUGUGUAAUAAGUCUCCCUGCAGCCUCAAACUAUUCAGUUUACAUGGAAGCAGCACCUUUUGUUUUGCUAAGGCCAGCUAUCUUAACUGAGAAACUAGGUGUGGGUGUGCAUGGGUGUGUCUUGGGUGGGUUCUAAACAUGCAGUUAGAACAUUGUUAUUAUUUCAACUGGGGAAGUUGUCGUGGUGUUUUUGUUAAGUGUUGAUAGGGAGCCUGCAGCAGUGGGACUGGGCCUCUCCCGAAGCCUAGGGCACACUGACUCCAGCACCCUCCUCAGUGCCACUUCACUGCAAGCACACAUACUGAACAACUGCUGUAUCUAACCAUGUGCUAACAUACCUCAGUAACAGAUUAAAUACAUUUAAGUGGUUGUAGCCAUUGUGAGUUUUGCAUGCAGUUUGGCUAAUCGUCAACAGACAGCGUGAAUGCUCAUGCACGGUGGUUCGCAGCUGAACGCUGAGCUAUGACUGGACCUUUCUUCUCCAAAAGAUCACAUUUAUGUGGGCAUUAAAGGGAAAAAGUGGGUGUGCCAUGAGCCUCCAGAGCAGUUCUAAAGCAUAUCUUACACAUUGGUGCUGUGAGAUCUGUCUUGGUGUGACAUUCAUGGUCCAGAGGGCUUUCUGUUAAUGUUGUUGUUCUGCAAGCCUUGUCAAAGCUGAACAAUCAAAUUUCACACACUGGCAAAAGUCCACAUGUGGACAGUAUAGGAGCAUGGUGUCAUACAGGACUUGUGGUACAAGCUACAGACCUUUCUGUGUUUGCUUGGAAAUCGAGAUUUCAUUUAAUAACUAAUAACCUUUCAUAUUGAACUAAUGUGCGUUCACAGGCUUCCCAAUAAUAUAAUACAAACUACUGGGACUUGAAUUUAUGAUUUUUAAUAUCAACCACUCAGCAAAAUUCAAGGUUAUUGGAUCAUUUAUCCAAAGUAAGUUUGUGCACCUAAGUUAAGUUUGAUCCUCAGAGGACAAAAUAGUAAAAAUAGUAAAUCAGUGGAUUUUCAUUUACCAGUGACAUACAUUUUGUUUUGAAGGCACUUUUCCACUGCCAUCACUUCCAUAACAGUUUUUCUGACCAUCUUACGGGAUUAGAAGAAUGUAGCUCUUUCACUGAUAGCUCAAGACACCUAUUUCUAGUCUACAACGUGAUAUACGGGGCUCUGCAGACCCUAGAAGAGCAGAACAGGCAGCAUAGCAGUGCUAAUUUUAGUGUGCCAGCACACACACACACACACACACACACAUUUAAAGCUGUUUUCAAGAUGGAUACAAACCAACUUGUCACUCCAGACUUAUAGAAGUGUGUACAUUUAGAAUGCUGAAGGGGGGAAAAAAUGAGAGGUAACAAAUUCCAGAUCCAGAUUCGAGAAUUUGUACUUUGUACACACAUCAGUCUCAGUUAAACUACAGUCAGGCUACAAACUCCAGACAUCUCUAAUGCGUGUAGCCAUACAGUGUGAGAGUGAGCAUGUUACCCUUAUGCACAUACCCACCCCCCCUCACUGCUGGAUAUAUUGUACAUGUCCUUGUGGUCUCCAUCUUUGGCUUUCACUUUUCUUAUACAAACACAUUAUUAUGUCAUUUCCUGUUCGUGCUGUCUGAAGCCUCUGGGACAGGACAGGAAGCCAUAUGUGUGUUUUGCAAGAACGAAGCCUUCUCUGACAUCACCUUGUUUACAGAGCACCCUUUUGCCAUGGCAACCCAAGCCCACCGAUUAUUACCUUGCCAGCUGGGUUUUUCCUGAUGGGCCCUGCCAAACUCUGUGGGACCUUGUGUUUCCCAAAGCCCCGUGUCUUGGGAAAACACAUACCACAGCAACAUCAAAAGCUGGAUGCCCAACUCCACAAGUCUUCAACACAAACUCUUCAUCUCACUUAUAUACACUAAUCUCAUCUGACCAAGCCUGUAUCCCUUGGAGACUUCCUGUCAUGCAGGAAAUGUGCUGCAGGUGUGGUGAUAAUCUGAUCAUACUGCAUAUACAUAUACACACUGCACUCCUGCAAUUGGGAGAGGCAGGUAACCCAUGGCAACGCAGUAUUUUUCAGGCAGCUGUCAUUACGUCUAUAUUCUCAGAUGUGUGUAUGUCUGCACAUUUGGCUGGUGGUGGAAAUGUCUACUAAACUGAGGUCACAUUCUCUCGUUGCUGCUGCCUUCCCUCUUCUCUCUAGUGGGCGGCUGGUACAACGGUGAUUUGUGUUAGUGAGAGUCAGAGGGAUUCCAGCAGUACUGAACCAAGAGUGAGCCCAACUGACUCCCUCACUGAGGCUCUUUCUACAUACUGCAGUCCUCCUCUGUAGUCCAAAUGGACUAAAGUAGUUAAUAAGUUCACCUCUACGGACCACAUUUCUCUGACACAACAGAAACAUAAAAAAUGCAAAAAAAUUAAAAAUACAAAAAUUGUGCAUGAAGUCCCCUGGCCAUGACCAGGCAGCAAUGCCAACAAGAGACUCUCAGUUUAUACAAACAACACUGUUCACUGGAAACCAGUAUGCUUAAUGAUAGCUGAUGCCUAAAUGACAACCAUGAUUUCACUAUCCCAGGCUAAUCUAACAUGUAAAUACUUGACCUUUGUCUAUAAUUACAAAAUUAUAUUGUAUUUGUGGAGACCAGCCUUUACUGCAUACAAAGCCUGCAGGCAUAAGCAGUGUGCUGUUUUAAAAUAGGCUGCUCUUCAGCAGGCAUCAUCUGGGAUAACAGAGUGGGAGUGAAAAGGAAUUAAUCCGGGCCUUUGUAGGGGUCCGAGUCUUAAAUCACAAACGGAAGGCUUCCUCCCUACUCCCUAGGUGGGCAUUGUGUCUAUGAAGCAGGAUAAAUGUGGUGUUCUUAGUAGAGAGCAGGACACUGUUUGAUGCUCACCCAAUACAUAAUCUUAUGAAUUCUUCCAAACCACAAGGAGGGUCUACAGCAGUUCAUUAGAGAUUAAAUGAGCCGAGAAGGGGGGGGAGCCUUGUUCCGCCAAUUUUCAAGCGCAUUCUGUCUCUCAUUCUGUUUGUCUCUUGGGGAUGUCAGAUUUCUACUGUGCACUACUCAAAGCAUUUCCAGUAACAAAGCUGCAAGAGUAGUACGUACCAUGGCUCAAGACCCGGACUCCCAUACGCACCCUCUGCCCACUGGCUGCAGUCAGGACAUGCUGUCGCAGCUCAGUGAUUCAUUUUGACCUAUUAAAGAUGAUAUGCGUAAUAGAUGAAGGUUAGUCCAGACUUUCACAUACUGUCCUCUAAACCACUGCAGCUUCCAGGAAUUCUUUAUAUAUGAAAUGUGAAAAAGGAAACCAGGACAUCCGUACUAAACUUAACAGUUCAUUCCAUACUAAGCUAAAAGCUGUCAAACACAAAGAUCAUUUGCUUAUUGACCAUUAACCAAGACGUCAUAUUCACCCAUCUGGUUUUUAAGUAAUUAAAUAUCUGCACUCAUAUCUAUGGGAGAACAAAGCACUUCUAUUUCAGCGAGAUCCUUCAUUCGAACAUCACAAUAAACCAGCGAGCUGUGUGACGCAGCACUGCUGGAAGACACUGAAAAGCUCAGAUUCAUGGGAAAUGCUACAUUAUCAUUUCAGUCACUGCAACCAAAGUCUGAAACAACGAUGACCAUAUGGUAGAGUCUGACCUAACACAAAAAACACAUUCACCGUGGAGACCUCCAGAAGAGAGAGAAAAAAAAGAGAAAGUAUGUGAGAGAGAAAUGAAUGAGGAAAAAAGAACUAAGGGAGAAAGACAAGAGAUGGAUAGGUGUUAAAAGAGAAGAUAUGAGUAAAGAAAAGUAGAAAUGAAAAUAGAAAAUGGAAAGGGAGAGACUGACUGUGUGGGAGCAGGCAUGCUGUCUAGAGAAUGGCCAUAAGACAGCCAGUGAAGGCUCAGGUUUCGCUGAAAUCCUUGAGAGAACGCUCAUUCAACCAGUUUCCUGGCACGGCUAUCCACUCAGUGCGUUUCCCUGCACCACAGCAGGCAAAACACAAACCUUCUUCAAUUCAAGCAAUUUAUUCCAUGUUUAACAGUCCUUCACCAGACUCAGCUCAUAAGGGCUCAGAGAGACCUGGGACAAGGGGAAACUCUGACCCUGAGAAGCGAUCCUUACUAUGGAGGAUUGGUUUGUAGGGCCUGCCUAUGGCACUGCCUAGAUCUGCUUCAUACUUUGCUUGCAUAUUUUGCAGGUAAUGGGAGGCCCUCCUUGUGUAUUUGUGUACCUUGUGUACAUCACUACAAUUUUGACUCUCUCUCUCUAU